ACCCACGUUAAGCACUUUUUAUAAGGCCGGCCACUCCCACUCCCAUCCCGCUUUCCAUCGACCCACAUGCUCACACACACUACAGUGUACCUUAGCUAACUAGCCAGCUCUGCUCUCACUCAGCCACGCAUCAGCCAGCUAGUUCAUCAUCAGAAUUCAGGCCUUCGCCAUGGGCAAGGGCAAGUACCACAGCUGGGUCCUCCGGCGGUUCUGCGGCUCCAUCGCCGCCUGCAUCCUGACGCUCGCCGUCCUCGUCGGGUUCGUCGUGCUCGUCGUCUACCUCGCCCUGCACCCUUCCAAGCCCUCCUUCUACCUCCAGGACGUCCAGCUCCGCUCCAUCGACCUCUCCGAUCCGGCUCUCUCCCUUGACGUUCAGGUGACGAUCGCGUCGCGGAACCCGAACGACCGUGUGGGGAUCUACUACAAGACGCUGCACGCGUUCACGACGUACCGGGAGGAGCCGAUCACGGUCCCGGUGUCGCUGCCGGCCAUCUACCAGGGGCACAAGGACGAGUCGGUGUGGUCGCCGGUCAUGUCGGGCGAGAACGUGCCCGUGGCGGCCUACGUGGCGGACGCCAUGAAGCAGGACAUCGCCGCCGGCUACGUGCUGCUCCACGUCAAGCUCGACGGACGCGUCAAGUGGAAGGUCGGCAGCUGGGUCUCCGGCGGCUACCAUGUCUUCGUCAACUGCCCGGCGCUGCUCUCCGCCACCGGUGGCAACGCCGGGGGCGCCUUCGCCAUGAGCGCUUCUGCCGCGGGCGGCGGUGGCGGUGCCGGGAAAGGGACUGUGUCGCUCAAGUUCACGCAGCCCACGUACUGCACUGUCGACGUCUGACGUGGACGCCGCGCGCCGCACGGUUGUUGGCUCCGGCGUUUGGGGUGGAUCGAACGGCUAGUAAGCUUAUUUGGAGAAGAAGUAAUCUUGUAGGGUAGCCAUUUGUCAUAAGUGUAUAAUUAUUGGGUCUCUCUUACUUACCCUGUGCAGAAUAAUGCUACGAAUUUAUUUACCACAUGAUAUAAGCUAUUUUUUUUUACCGAGAAUCGUCCUGUUGUUUGACACUCUGUAUGUGGAGCGUGCAAUAGUGUCGAUACCUGUUUGAAGAAUGUAAAGGCAGAGUCUAGCAUCGCGUUGCCUUCGA